AUGAAUAUCCUUCAACAAUGGCUAUUCUUUAUUGUGAUCAUUCAUAUCAGCGCUGAAUUGCAAUCGUCACAUAGACUAGUCACAGCCGAAUAUGGCUCUGAUCUAUCUCUUUUGUGCACAUUUCAAAAUCGCGAUAGCGACGGAACAAUUAUUCAAUGGCUUUAUCAAAAUGCUACCGAUAAUAUUCGUCGAGCUCAUUGGAGACCAUUGUUUCUCAAUGCGCAAUCAUUAACACCGAAAGAAACACGUUAUAGUAUACAGCAGAAAGUACAACAAAUCAAUCGAACAUUUAUAACUUAUUCGACAAUACUAACGUUAGCUAAAGUAACGGAUUUCGAUGAAGGUCUCUAUAUAUGUAAGUUGCUUUCCAAUGAAACAAUGCAAAUGACUUAUCAAGUUCGAGUUAUACAAAGUCUUGAUAUAACACCGAAACAACUAUUGAUUCCAUCGAACGAAAUUGGUCAAUAUUCAGUACGAUUGAAUUGUAUAUUAAGAGAUAAUCAUAUGAACCGACGUCAUCAUGAAAUUUAUUGGUGGCAUAAUAAUAAACGACUUGGCUCGCAAACAAGUCGAUAUGCACGCAUAGUUAAAAAUGUUACUCAACAUUCAUUUAUUUCGACUUUGCUCUAUACGGGCGAACCAGCGAAUGUCGCAGGAAAAUAUAUAUGUGAAUCGAAACCACUACGAAGAUAUAUUUCAGUUGAAUUGAACUCAGGUAGUUCACCAGUUUUAUCCAUCAGUUCAUCUUUUACUUUAAUUAUAUCAAUUUUUAUAUUGAUAUUCCAUUACGAGAAUAUUGAUUAA